UCCACACAGACGAUUCCACAGGAAGUUAACGCUCAGUUAGCCAUGGCAGUCUACACGAGAGAAGCUAAAUUAGAUCUGGUCACCAAACACAUAAAAUCUUUUCCUGAUUUCCCAAGCAAAGGAAUACUUUUCAGAGACAUCUGUCCAAUUCUCAAAGACCCGGGUGCAUUGACCGCAGUCAUCGAUCUUUUUGAGGAACAUGUGAGGCAGACUCAUCCCCAAGUAGAACUGAUUGUCGGUCUGGAAGCUCGGGGAUUUCUCUUCGGACCCCUUCUAGCCCAGAGGUUAGGAGUGGGAUUUGUGCUGGUCCGGAAGAAGGGGAAGCUCCCAGGGCCUACAGUGUCUGUGGCAUACAAACUGGAGUAUGGAGAGGCCGAGGUUGAGGUCCAGGAGGAUGCAGUGGCUCCAGGAGAGAAAGUGCUGCUCAUCGAUGAUCUACUAGCCACUGGAGGAACCCUGUGUGCUGCCUGUGAGCUCAUGAAGAAACAGAAUGCAGAGAACGGGCGUCCCCAUUCAAGUCAAUGAUGGCAUAAUGGGUGGACUGGCGAAAGCAGGAAGCAUACCAUAGAGAAAGAGGCGAGAGGAUUCUCUCUUCCCAAAACCGGUUCAUGUGAGAUUAACCCUUUUUUGUGUGGAUCUCUUGUCAAAUUACGUGAGGCUUCUUUGAUAACAAUGUGCAAUUGAAAAGCCACUUAUUCUUACAUUGGUUCAAAAUACUGACACUCAACAAGGUGUAGAUGAGCGAAAUAACAAAAAAUUGCCAAAAGGAAGUGCCAGCUGGCUGGCUUGCCUCUGAAGCUAAGCAGGGUUGUCCCUGGAUGGGUAACCAGAUGCUGCUGGAAGUGGUAUUGGAGGGCCAGGAGGAGGCACUUUUUCCUCUGGUCUUAAAUGCCCCAGGGCAGUGAUUGGGGACAUUGCCCUGUGUAGGGUGCCGUCUUUUGUAUGGGAUGUUAAACAGGUGUCCCGACUCUGGUCACUAUAAAGAGCACAUGGCACUUAUCGUUAAUUGGGUGUUAACCCCGGUGGCCUGGCUAAAUUCCCAAUCUGGCCCUCACACCAUGAUCACCUAAUCAUUUACCUCUCCUCUUAGUCGGUGCUGUACAUGAGAAUGUGUUCUCAGCCAAUUUAACUGGUAGAAUAAGGGUAAAUGAUCUAAAUGUGGCAUUCUGAGAAACUUAAUGUUGCACGCGUAUCUUCCUUAUUGGCAUUUCUAUUGUUUGAGCAGUCACGGCUUUGUCAAUAUAGACCAUCUGCGUGUACCCAUCAAUGUGCUGUUAUUUUCAUUACUGUCUUCAUCUAUAACCAUUAGCUGUGCUCGCCCUCAUUUAUAUGCAAUAAGUAUCCAUGUCUAAAGAUGCCUUCUGUUAUGUACUGGUGCAAUUAUGAGUCAUUUUGUCAGUAUACUGGUUUCACCAUGACUGGCUAAUUGUUUCAAACUUCUGCAGAAUAAAAAUGAACUGUUCACA